AGUUCUUGCUCGAUUCCACUGUCGAUCGUCGGCUGUGGCGGACAUUUGGUGGAACCAGACUUUUGUUAUGUGCCUGUGUCAGCGUGAAGUGUUUGAGUUUUGUGCGUUAUGUUACCUGGGAACGGUUAGUGUACUUGAAGAGCCAAGUUUUGUGUGACGAAGUAUUUCGCAAAAAAUUCCCACACCAUCUAGGUUUCAAUUCAUUCAGUCGCGUGUCCGUGAACGGGUCUUGUGAAAAUUAUAGUUCCCAAAUGAUACUGAAUCGCGUGGAAAUUGAAAAAAAUAUCAAGCGAAGAUUUGGUACCAACUGAUACAAAAACUACGUUACUUUAAAUAUUUUCAACUAAAAUCAACAACAUGUUCAAGCUUACUGGAGCACUAUUUCUACUGGUGGUGCACCUAGCACGUGCUAACCUGGCCGCCGAAAGUACUGUAACGUCAGCAAAGCUCAUCAACGCUCCGCCACCAUUGCCCACUACAUCUCUCGGUAGCCUUUAUCGAAGUGCCAGAGAUGACUACAACUCAAGAAGACACUGUUCAAAUUGUGGACCAGGAUAUGAACGCGAUAUGCGCAGCUAUGGACGCCCUACUGGUAUUACAGGAUACUACAGUGGUAUGGGUCCAAUAGAAGAUGACCGAAACUGGUACUAUCGUCCGGAAAGCUUUGAUGAUCGUUACCGGGGUGCAGGAAUGCACGCAUCGUACUCGGGAUCAUAUCGCCAGUCUCCGUAUAUGGGAUACGAAUAUGAUCGCUAUAUGAAUCGUCCAGAUGAUCGAGGAUAUGGGUAUGGUUACCCAGCCAUGGCAAUGCGAGCCGGCUACUAUGAUGGAGGCGUCAGUCGAAUGCCGUACUAUCCGGAAAUGAUGCGCGGCUAUGGUUAUCGUGGCAACGGAUACGAUAAUCUUGAUCCACAUUACGAGUACUACAUGACACAACGUGGUGGAGGUAGUCCUAUUGGAAUGAACAACAGGGAUCGAAUGUAUGGCAAUCAAGGUAUCUAUGACGAUCGUAUGAGCUACGGUGGACAGUACGACCAGAAGAAUUUCCGACCUUGGGAUCAAACAUACAGAGGAAUUUCUGGUUUUGAUAAUUCUGGACGUGGUUAUUAUUUUGCAAGUCGUCCAUCUUCUCCAUCACAACCACCACUAUCAUCACCUUCAUCCCCCUUGUCUGCACAUGCAUCACACCAUGCCCACUCACAUCAAGCGUCGGAAUCAGGCUACGGAGAUCAACACAACGGUCACGAUCAACGUCCUGCAGAUCAUGCGAAUUCUGCUAACUAUCGUCCAGUAGCACCUGCACAUCAUCAACAUCAAUACACUGGAUCGGAUCGCCCCGAUUAUGAGCCAUCGGACUAUACGCAAAACUGUUGUAAAAAUCGCCACCCAGAAACAGUUUCUCACGGCCACACAAAUCAAGGCAGUUCUUACGCUGGACACAACUCCCCGGGGCCCAGUGCAGGAAUUUAUGGUAGUGGGGCAGGUGCUCAAAGACCCUCCAAUUCUGCUGGUAGCUGGCAUUACGCUAGUAGCGGAACUACGGGCUCCGGCAGUGGUAGCCAUGGUGUGAGCAGUGGCCAUGUUGGGGUAAAUAUUAACACUCAUGGAUCUUACGGUGAGGCUCAUAGCGCUCCAGGACAAUAUUCAGGAGGAGGAGGAGGAGGUAGUGCUACUGCCCAUGAGUACGGGACCAAUCGUGGUAGCGAUAAUCGUCGAGAAACAGAUCACCGACAACAAAGCGUUGCCUAUGGUGGACGUCCGCGGCCAGCGUCACUAGGGGACACCAGCUACCUGAUGGAUCGUGAUAACAAUCAGAGCAAUAGAGUUUCCUUGGGUCAGGAAUCCGAACGAACUAUUGACGACGAUAGCGAUACGCGUGCCAAAUCAGACAAUAGAUCCUCUGCAUCUGAUGUACCAAAGGAUAAAGACGGAAUUGUUGAAAGUGUCGAAAGUACCGAGUCAGAAAACAAAACUCCAAACGCAUAACGCUUGGUAACGGUAGCAAUAGAAUGACUCAGGAUACGGAAUAAAUUCAACAGCCUCGCGCAAAGACGGCUUGCAUGGCACAACAGAAGCCAACGGUAGUAUCUUCGGAAUUCUCAGAUCCUUCUAUCAACGCUGGAUGCUGAGGGAAUAACACGGUAAAACUAAAACACAGGGCAAGAAAAUGAACAAUGACACAGUCUCUCUGUCCAGGGAUGGUGUGUUUUUCUUCAUUUCCAACUACCAACGAUCUUCUAAGCCCACCUAUGUCCUCCAGUACGUAGCAUUUUAGGCAUAAGGUUAUUUAUAAGUCAAAUAAAGCUCUCAAAAAUCA